UGUUGAAGCUGAGGAAGAUGGCGGAUCCGGACGAAUAUAUGUGAAUGAAAUUGAUAACAUGAUAGUGAUGUAAUUAUAGAAGAAAUACUGAUAAUAUCCCUCUUCAAAGGAAGAGACCAGUCUAGUCAGGAUGAUUGUACUGGUCAUUGUAUCACUUAUAGGUGUGACAGUGGGUGAAGACAUUAAAAUACAUGCAACGACAGACAACAAUGUGACGCUGAAAUGCACCAAAGUUCGGGGGAGACGAGAAGGUGGGAGGGAUCCUGUGGUAUAAGAAUGGCGUCUUCUUCGCAUCGAAGGGAAACAGCAAGAAGAUCAACUUUGCCGACCCGGCAUACAAGGACAAGACGGAUAUAUUGGAAGAUCACAGUCUGGUGUUGUACACGGUCAGGGUCAGAGACACGGCCAACUACACGUGUAAAGUGUACGUUGAAGAUUCCCAGAAUGCAUCAAUGAAAGAAAGGAAUGUCACACGCAUUUUAGUUGUUCAAGAAAAGAUGGAUGUUCCGAGUCCCCCAGGGAAGCCGAGAAUCCUCAACAUUGAGUCGCGAGAAGUGAAGGUCACCUGGGACAAGAGUGCCUCGGAUAACAACAGUCCUAUAUCUGUAUACAUACUCCAUGUUAGUAAGUGCACAGCAACUCAAGGUCCCCCCGAGGAGCGGGAUGUGGUGGUGGGAGGGUCAACACUGGAAAUCACCGUGAGAGAGCUCAACCCUCACACCUGCUACCAGGUCAAGGCUCGGGCCAAGAAUGCGGUUGGACGCAGCGAAGACAGUAGUUUCAGUGAUAUGUUUUUCACAUUAGAAGAACCACCCUCUGAACCCCCGUUCAACGUGAAGGCCGACAGUCCGGACAGCACCGAGGUUCAUGUCAAGUGGAGCCACAUACCCAAGAAUAAGCUGAAUGGGGAACUGAAGGGGUAUGAGUUGUCCUACAAGGCCCAGGGUGGGCAGCCGGAGAGAGUUCGUCUUGAGGACCCAACCAGACAUAACAUGGUGCUGUAUGGACUGAAGCCUUUCACAAAGUAUGAGAUUCAGCUGACGGCAUACAACAGUGUCGGUUCUGGGCCCCCAGCUAAUGUGACUGUCCGAACAGCUGAAGGCGUUCCAAGUAAGCCUCGAAUCACACACAUCACCAACCGAAUGUCCAAGUCCUUCUUUGUACACUGGGAACCACCCAAAAUUCUAAACGGCCGCCUGGAGAAGUAUGAGCUGCAGUGGAGCUACAACAGCAGCUCAGCAACUCGCAUCAUACAGGGGGACCUCAACAACCCAAUGUCCGCUUUCAUCAGAAAUCUAGAGCCCUACACAGAAUACAAGAUCCGAGUGGCUGCCUACACUGGGGGUGGCAAGGGAAAGUUCAGUGACGACUUUCCUGGCAUCACGGAUGUGGAGGGUCCCAGUGCCCCAUACAUCACCAACUUCACCGUGGUGGGGCUGGACAGUGUGUUUAUACAGUGGGAACCCCCAGAUGUCUUCUACAAGACCAUCAACAACUACUUCAUCAAGUGGUGGGAUGUGGUGGAAACCUCCUACUACGAGGACGAGCUUAUCGACGGAACUUCAACAGAGACAACUCUAACAGAUUUACCCAAAAAUGGCCAUUACCGCUUGAAGAUAGCCGGCGUUACACACGGGAUCUUCAGCAAGACGCACUAUGUUGGAGAGUUCACCGAGGCGACAGAGUUCACGCCCGGAGGGAGUCAGUCUGAUAUUUCACGUGGUGUCGUGGAUACGGAGAUUAUUCGAGACCAUGGCCACUAUGCAAAUCCCGAGAUGGAAAGUGCCAAGAAUAAGGAAGUGGUUAUGUCUGCUGGGGUCAUCGCAGGUGUCAUCAUUGCAAUUCUCAUCAGCCUCGUCAUCGUCAUCAUCUUUGUUGGAUAUAGGUCAUUUGCGUGUAGGAAAUGUUACCAAGCAGCAUAUUACUACCUGGCUGUUCCCAGCAACUCCCAGUCAACACCGCCGACUGUCGUCACUGUUGCCGAGCCUGCAGAUGAGAAGGUUUACCCUGAAGUUACAGUAAAGGAGUUCAUCCACCAUGUGGAAACUUUGCAUGCUGACUCCGACAUUGGCUUCUCUCAGGAAUUUGAUGACAUCAACAAGAAUACCAAUGUAGAUUUCCGAUGUGAGAGUUCCUGCCUACCCGAGAAUCGUGGAAAGAACAGAUACAUCAACAUAGCUGCAUUUGACCACUCGCGAGUCGUGUUGAAGACGGAACUGGGCAGACUCCGCCAUUCUGAUUACAUCAAUGCAAACUAUAUCGAUGGUUACCAGAAGCCCAAAGCUUACAUCGCCACUCAGGGACCAUUGCCGCAGACGUUUGCCGACUUCUGGAGGAUGAUAUGGGAACAAAACUGCAGCGUGAUUGUCAUGAUAACCAACCUUAUGGAGAGGGGGAGGCGUAAAUGUGACCAGUACUGGCCAGGCGAUGGACUGGAGAUCUACGGCAGCAUGUCGGUCAAGCUGCUUAACACUAUACAGAGGGCUCACUACACAGUGCGCGUAUUUUCAGUGCGGAAUAUGAAGGUAAAAAAGCAUUACCUCCAUGAAGUCGAGACCAGGCAUGCACAUAGACACCAGAAGCACUCGGUGAAGGGUGUGGGGGAGAGGCUAGUGUACCAGUUCCACUACACGGAGUGGCCUGACCAUGGCGUCCCAGACUACACACUGCCUUGUCUCACCUUUGUCCGCAAGUCUGCUGAGAUGAACCCUGAAGGGGGAGGACCUAUAGUUGUACACUGCAGUGCUGGUGUUGGGAGGACAGGAACCUACAUCUUGAUCGACAGCAUGAUAGCCAAGAUGGAGGAGAAGAGUCUCAUCAAUAUUCCAGGAUUCAUCCUGCAUAUCCGGAAACAACGAAACUUCCUUGUGCAAACUGAGGACCAGUACAUGUUCAUCCAUGACGUGCUGGUGGAGUAUAUUCUGGGUGGAGGAGACACGGAGGUGACGGCAGACACUCUCACAGCGUACAUUGAGAAGCUGACCAUGCCUGCUAGAGAUGGAGCGGAGACCAUCCCAGAGGCCAUGCUGGAGAACCAGUAUAAGCUGGUAACAGCCCACAGGAGGAAUGAUGAUGAGAUUUCUCAAGCUCUCAAGCCAGUCAAUGAAGCCAAGAACCGCAACAGCUCCUUUCUGCCUGUCAAUCUCAAACGUGUCCUGCUGCCCGUGAAGCCCGGCAUGGAUGGUUCCGACUACAUCAACGCCACCUACAUGCAGGGUUACAGCAAGUCGAAUGAGUUCAUCGUUACCCAGCAUCCCCUGGAGUCUACUGUAGAAGACUUCUGGAGAAUGGUGUGGGACAGGAACAGCCCUGUCAUCAUUGUCCUCUCCUACGUCAACAAUGAGGAUUUCAAAGAAUUUUGGCCAAAGAAGGAAGAGCCUAUGGAGUUUGAAGCUUGUCCCUUCAAGCUGACCACACGAGAGGAAGAGCAGGUGUCCACCUGUGUCACCAGGGGGUUCCUGUUGGAGUCAACACAGUACGACUACACCUUCCAGACGAAGUUGAUGACAGUUGACGGAUGGCCGGGGGCAUGCUCUCCACUACACACUGUGUUCCAGCUGAUAGAGACAGCACAAAAAUGGCAGCUGGAGAAUGACAUCGGUCCUGUCAUAGUUGUCGACAGGUACGGCGGCGUAGAAGCGGGGAAGCUGUGUGCGUUGUGGACGAUGUACAACCAGCUGACGCAGGACAAGAAUGUGGAUCUCUACCAGCUUGCCAAACUCUACCAUCUCAAAAGACCAGGGAUCAUCGGGACAAAGGAUGACUACCUGUUCCUGUACAAAGUCAUUGAGAGUUACCACAAGGCAAGUCUAGAGGAGGGCGGGGAGUCCGUCAACUCAUCCCCCAAACACCACAACUCUGUUCGCAAAAACGGCACUCUCCCGCACACCAUAACACUGAGUCAUAGCAACAGUAAGACAGAGACCAAUAUAUGACAGGGUGUGGAACUCAAGGGUAUUGCUGAGCAAAUCCAACAUUACACUCUCCUGACUUCACAGAACAAUAGACUUGUGUUGAGAACAGCAGCAUCGACUUGCUGAUGAAGAGAAUGGACUCUUAAUUCGCAGAUCGGAUAGCCUAGAUGCAAAGCCUUGUGGUGAAGUGAAGUGUUUUGAAGGCUUGAAAGGAACAUCAAAGAGUACAUGCUCGAUGCUUUAAGGACAUCACAUUGCUGCCAAAUCCUUCGACUACACAAAUAUCCUACUGAGACAGAGAUUUCAUGGGAUGGGAAUCACGGUUUGAUGCAUACCUGUCAGUGAAAUGGAGGCAGUUGUGUUGUUGUGUUAAAGAAUCUCACUGUCUCUGUGUUGAGGGUUUUCUGUAGGAAGGAACACUUCUAGCAUGCUUCAGUAGCACGCUGCAGCUUGGAACGUGGUACAAGAUGUGUGUGGUACAAGAGGGAAGUGGUACAAGAUGAGUGUGGAGCAAGAUUGACGUGGUACGAGAUGGGUGUGGUGCAAGUUGGAAGCGGUUCAAGACGGAUAUGUUACAGGGUGGGUGUGGUGUCCGUCAGUGAGGUCAGUUGGUUUCAGACUGUGACCUGCACGGACAGUCAUAUACUGCUAAUUGCAGAAACACUGAAACAAAUCUUCAUGGAAUCAAAACUGAUUUUUAAAAUGUAUUUUAGAAAUGGUCCAAUUUUGAACAAGGAGGUUGUUUUCUGUUCGGGAUCAGUUGUUGAAGAUGUAUCCAUCAAUGCAGUCCAAGUUGAAACAAUUGUAUCUCACCUUGGACAAGAGCUACACCACAGAUGUAUCAGAAUUAAGGAAACCGUUCCUUGUAUCAGGAAGUUCCGGUGUGGAUACAUGGAUCUUUUCCCUCAUCAAUAUUUUCAGGAGAUUAUGAAAAGCCCAGUGAUGAAACGAUUGAUCUGUUGUCUACCAAUUCCGCCAUGUUGCACUAUGUUCACGAUCAUGCAUUUAGAGGCUUUGCAUUUACGGUCUUUAUGUUUGUUGGUCGAUUUGAGAGAACUUAACAAAGCCAACAUAUUCAAACACUAACAUGUAACAAGUUUCUACAUAUUUUAUACUAAUGGAAAUUUGAGCUCAAUAUUUAAUAUUUUCAUGUAAUCGCAAUAUUUGAAAUGUAGAGAAAAAUAUGUACAUGUUACAGAUAUAACAUUUUGCAGAUAUUAUGGAUAUUUAAGCAGAAUAUAAGGUGACCAAAGUAAUUUUUGAAAACCGUAAUUUGAGUGUAAUAUUGAUAAAUUUAGGGACAAAUAUUUUUCGCAUUAUAUUUAUCAUACAUGAUAUUGUGUAUCUUAAUAUAAAAUAUGUGACAUUAAUAUUUACACUGGAUUCUUUGAUAACAAUCUGUGGUUCAGUGUUUCUCGAUUGUGGAACGUGAGAAUAACUUUACUGACAGCAGUGUCAAAUACCGCAGAACCAUUUUCACACGUCUUCUAAAUUGUUAGCAUCACUUUCAUAAAGUUUGUCUUCUUGUUGACAUUUUUUACACAGCGUCCAAUCUGAUACACAUUGUGUCACUGGAAGAUAAUACAUCAGAUAGUUUCAUCAUUGUACAAUGAAAAUACAAAACAAAUGUCAGGAGGAAUAUGCUUCUUGAUUAAGGAAGUAUGGAUCUGGAGUUACUUCCCUUGAUGAAUGAAUAUCAUUCAUAAAAACGUUUCGAUUCCUUUAUGUUAACCAGGAAGACUAUAUUACUGUGAGAUAUGUGUCAACCAAUGUAGGGUCUUGUUUAGACAGAGGGAGCAUUUGAUGAGGUUCUUUGUCUAGAUACUGACAUCUCCAUUGCUGAUUGUUAAAUGUCCAGGUGUUGAUGUGUUCAUGGCACUGAGGUCUUGACCACAGUGUCCAGGUGUUAGAAGCUGGACAUCCGUACUGAUUGGAUCUAUUUUGUAAUUAAUAACAUUUUUUGUAAUACUCUGAAACAAAAAGGGUCCAGAUUGAUAAGAUUCAAUAUUAUCCAGAUUAACAUGGUCUCACUGAAACAGAGUGUAUGUAUGACACAGUUGGAACCAGUGGAAUCAUGAUAACUAACCAAUCACUGUACAGCAUGAACAGAAUCAUGGCACCAAAUAAUGGUCCAAGGUUAAACUUUAAAAAUACGACAGGUAUUUUCACAUAGUGAGAUCUUACAAUAAGUACAUGUGUGUUAGAUUAAUGGAGUCUUGAUCAGAAUGAAUGGUAUCAUGGCGCCAGAUAAUGGUCCAAGGUUACACUUAAAUAAUACGACAGGUAUUUUCACAAAGUGAGUCUUACGAAUAAGUACAUGAAUUUUAGAUUAAUGGGAUCAUGAUCACAGACCAAUCACUGCUCAGCGGGACCGAAUAGUGGCGCCAGAUAACGGUAAAUGGUUACCCUUUGAUGGUACAGCAUGUAUCUUAAAGCUAAGUUCUUAUGAGGUUCACUCAAUUCACAGGAUGCUUCUGUUAUGUAUAAAGGCAGAUUGUGCUUAUCAAAACCAUAAGUGAUUUGUAGUUACAAAUUAGUCACAAACAAAUUGAAACAAUCAACGACAGCGAUGACACGAUGGAUGAUGUGAAGGUUUCCAGGAUUGUGUACCACAAUGGAGUACUGCCGUUACUGUGCUUGUUUAAACUCAGCUGCAGGUGCCUAAUAGGUUAUAGACUGCUUUUUGUAUACCAGUUUUAUUUAUGAAGUAUAUUAUUUGUGUACUACUUAUAUCUAGUCACUGUAUAUAAACAUGACCUGUAUUUUACAUACAUACCUAUUGCAUAUCAGUUUUCUUUUCUCACUAGACUAUUGACGCUGUAUAUGUUUAAGACGUUAGGAUUUGUGUAUAUGUUCGCUCUGUAUACAAGAAUGUGUACACUUAUUCAAACGAUUUUGUGUGAUAUAAGUGAAGGUGAUUUUCUUGUUUAAAUUUUGCGUAUAAUGGAAGACGGUUUAUGUUCACGAAAUUGUUGAAGGAUCAGAUGUUUAUAUUUGAUCAUGCCGUGUUGACAGAAGGUUAUUGGAUCAAGUCCCAAGGUGUUCUGUGGCAGGUUUCUGGACGUAAGACUCGACAUCAACUUCCUUCUGUAAGCUGGGGGGAUAUAUAUCAUCACUGGCGGGGGUGAGGCUAGAGACAGGUAUAGAAUAAUACACCAUUUUGUUGUUGAUGAUGCUUUGAGAUUUAACAAACUUCUAGGAAAGUUUUGGGUGAGGAUUGAUCACAUAUUAUUAUGUUUCUAUAUAGUUCAUGUCCGAGUUAAUGGCAGGGAGAAAUACUGCUGCAUUGUUUCAUCUAGAGUGUGCGUAAUUAAUGUUAUUCCUUUGACACUGGUAAUAUUUUUCCAAUAUUUCAUCAGUCAUUCGCAAUGCUGAGUAAAACAAAUUACGCUGAAAUUAAUUUGAAAAGUGAUUUCAACUGAAAUUGUUAUUCUAGUUGUAAAUGUUAACUGGUUGAGGCUGAAACUAUAAUUUGCAUUGUCAACAAUGUUAAAUUCAGAAAUAGAUUUAUUGUAGUUCCAAUCAUUUGCCAAAACUUUGCCAAAUGACCUACACAUGUUCUGCAGAAUUUCCAUUUUAUGACAAGGAGCCAACAAAAAAUAAACUGGAAGAAUUUUCUCAAAAUUCUCAUGAUGGGUGGAAUAGUUUAUCAAAUGUUGGACUUUAGGAUCACAUAUGUUGUUAUAAAAGAAUAUAUGUAUAUCAUUGUAUAUUAAAUAAGGCUCUAUCUACAAGUAUUACCAAGUUAGGUCAAGUAUUGAAACUUACUAUGGAUAAGGAGAAUUUAUCCUUUUAAAAAUGUUCCCUGAUUCUCAUAAUAUGGAAUUAACCAGACUGUUGUUUGAUUUUGUGAAGAAAGAUGUCUGCAUUUGUUAAAUAAACCCAACCACGCUGUUCCUGCCUCCACUUUAACACUGGGCUAUUUCCACAAUAUGGUAUAUACCUCAUUCAGCGCCACAUUCCACUGACUAAGUCAGUAUCUUCACACAGUUGUACACAGGAAGUUCAUAUGCAGGUAACUUAGGAGGCAGGGCAGUGUGUGAAGGACAGCAUUAGCAGUUUUCACAAAUCAGCAGCUCCUACCUAGCAAAGGGAGGUAACUCAAUUAGCUAGAUUUACAAUGUCAUAUUCAUAUUGUAUUCAAACAAGGAUUGUCUUCAAGAAUGCUGGUCAUUCUUUGAAAUGAAUAAUGACUGGGAUUGUUUAGGUUUCAAGGAAAUGGAGUCAUAUGAAGUGUGAUCAGAUUUAUACAAGUUGAUUUCUGAUUCCAGAAUGGUGUAAAUUUAGUAUGACUUUGAUUGACAUUUCUUGGUGUUUCUCAUAGUGGUUGUUUUAAAUCCUCCACAACUACCAGGGUAGAUUUUCUAGAUGGUUUACAGGUGAGGAAGUUGAUGUCUUGGAUUCUGUUCAACUAUCUGAGAACCCUUAUCAUUCUACACAACGAUACAUAUAUAAUGGCAGAGGAAUCCAAACUGUAAAAUCCUGAAGACUGCAUCUGUUCAGGACAAAGAAUAUUUGUAUCUGGAGUUCUAAGUGCAUAGAUGUUGUCAGCUUCCUGCUCUCAUUAGACAGCGAGGAAGCACCGGAGACACCAUAUAAAGAGCCUAGAUUGUUACCUAGAUGAUGUCCCUUAUUUGCCUGAGAAACCUACAUAGUCCCUUGCUCAUGUGUCAAAAGACGACCAUGGUACGACCAUGUCCGACUUUCUGCACUCCGAUACAUAUCUCCGAGACGCAAUUGCUGUAAAUAUUUAUUUUGGUAUACAUACAUUUCUGCCAACAUUACAUUUGUACAUACACAUGACUUCACAUUGUAUGAUAUAGUAGUUGUGAGCCAAGAGUGUCGUAGCAUCCACAGUGUCUGUCUUCUCAAGUGUAGAAUCUCGCAUGCGCCCAUGAUUGUCAGUGUUGUGAUGUAUUAACGUGUGUGUGUAUGACAGUAUUUCCCUAAUGACUACCUAUGUUCAGUGUCUAACUUGGCUUGCUCUUAUUUCGACAAGAAUGUACAGAUAUUAUCUAAUGAGUUUCAAAGGGUGGAUGUUGUUUUCAUUUCGUGAAUUCGGGUUUUCACAAUCGGUAGUUCACGUUGAAAUGAGAAACCAAUGAGGAAAAAUAUGAGUCUCUAUUAACCCCAGUUUUCCAGUUCACUGAUCAAUGCACAGUGGAAUUUCACCAUAAAGUUCAUUAUUUUGACAAAGCACUUCUCGUGUUAUGUAAUGAUGUACAAUGUGUACAUGUUAUCACCAGAAGCACACUCUAUUGCCUUGUCCGUGUUGUCAAAUCUUCUAUUUCAAACCUUUUUUCAUCCUCAGUAAUUUUUAGGAACUGCUGAUAUUUAUAUUUAGUUACGACAUUAUGAUAUUCAGGUGUAUGUAGGGAGGCAGCAUCACAAUGGUUCAGGAACCUUUCUACGAAUACCAGGGAACAGCAUCUUAAAGUGUGUCUCCAACUUGUUGGUCUCCGAGUCUGGAGCUACCUGAACAACUGCUCACGUGGAGUUAGACUGCAACCUCCUGAAUAAGUACUUACUGGUACCCAGUAUACUGAUGACAGGAUUUGCUGAUUUGAUUUGUCAUGGUUGAGUUAGUCCGGUUUGGGUUUCAGAGCUGCUUGCAGGGUUUUGUAAAAUGAGGAUCACAUUUUGGAAUUCUUAAUCAGGAACACUGGACAGUGAAAUAUGCGAGGGUAUUUUUGUAGUGCAGUUAAUUGAGGCUUUACAGUGUUUUCAAAAUAGGAGGUUGGGAGCUGGAUGCUUAGGCUGGGCACCAGCCGAUUUUAAGCCAACACGCAGGGAAAUGACCGAAAUAUUGAUUGUCCCUCCCUUCCUCACUCACUCAUUCAUGCUCGUAGCACAAUCAUGACAGUUCAGAAGUGAAGGAUUUGCAUGUUUAUUACACUGUGGUGUAGGUAUUACCUCAAAGAAAGAAGUUUGACGAUUAAGAAAGUCCCAGGUGAAGCCUGUCACGUAUAGUCUCAAAAUAUAAAGUUUGUUCUCAAAGAUAUUGACAUCACAGAAUACUGUUCCUGGCCAAGUGGUUAAAGUGUUUGCUUGUAUUGUCUUCUGAGACUGUUCAGUUCCCACAAGGAUACGAUGGGUAAGCCCGUUUUUGUGUUGACUGCCGUGAUAUGGCAGGAAUACUGCUGUUUGCUUUGGUUUAGUAUGGAAAAGAUCUGUUGUUGAAGAUGACAUCUGGUAAUGGCAACAUGUAAACAACUGAUUUUGUCAUAAUGUAUAUUUCCUGUCUUGUAUGAAUGAAGACAAUUGUUAUAUGAUCUCCAGACAGGUCAUAAUUUUACAGUGGGGAAUUUUGUGUGCAAUUCUCAGUGUUAUUACAAGAUUCAUCUGACAUAAUAGACAUUCAUCAUCACAGAGAAUCCUCAAGCUUCAGAAAAUGUUUCUGUCAGGAUGUGCCAAGGUUUAUGUUCGAACUAUGAACAAGAUAAGAAACAUUAAUACUGUUUCUUAUUUCUGUGUUAAGAAAACACACUGACUUAAUACUGAAAUCAACCUGCUUGAGUGAUUCCUUAAAAUCUAGAAAAUAGUAUUGAGUAGAAUCAAAUGAAAUGUCUUUCAUGCUAAGAUAUCAUGAAAUCUGAACAAUGCUACAUGGUCCGGGUGCCAAUUUUUAGCCUUUCUCUGGACAUUGUGAUCAGUGCCAAGCCAAGGUGUCGCAUGCCCAAACAAUGAUGAUAUUCUUUGAACUUUCCACAUUUGGGUCCGGUUUCAUGGCCAUUGUUCUCGUCCUCAACUGUUCUUACACCAAUGUGCACAGUAAGCAGUUUUCAUUUCCAUUUCAGCCCAAACUUUCAUCCUUGAAACUGUUCUGUGUCUGAACGUUUUGCAUGUAGAAACGUUGUAGUUGGAUAUGCUUGUGACAGUGACAAUGUUCUUAAAGGGGGACAGUGCUUCACAUUGCCUGUCAUCAUCCAGGUUUCGGACAUGUAAUCUGUAAGCCGUGUGUCAAACUGGGAUAUCUAAUUGUAACUUCAGUUUAAAAUAUUCCAACUUGCUAUGAAAACACAUAGUUAUAUUUUAUGAAACAUUUUUCAUCCAACUUCCAGAAUACAAAGAAACUGUUUUAUGGUAGUGAGGUCUAAAAGCUACAAUGUUGUGUGAGUAUGAAUCCCCAUGCUAUCAUGCCCACACAUGAGCUUCAAGUCUUGCUGCUUAACAGGAGACAGAAUCCUCAAAGCAUUUUCAAAGUGCUUCAUUAUACAUAUAAAUUUGAGUUUUGAGUUUUUAUUCAAAAACAUCUUUCUGGAAUUGGGGAUUGGUUUGAGUAAGUGAGUGAGUUUAGUUUUACCCCGCUUUUAACAAUAUUCCAGCAAUAUCACAGCAGGGGACGCCAGAAAUGGGCUUCACACAUUGUACCCAUGUGGGGAAUUGAACCUGGAUCUACGGCGUGAUGAUCGAACGCUGUAACCACGAGGCUCCCCACCACGGGAUCGGUUUGAGUGUUGUCCUCCUUUAGAUCUGGUCAUACAGCACUGUUGCUUGUUAAAUAUUGACACUGUAUUAUUGAUGGUGCUAUUACUGUAACUUUGUGGUCAGACCACCUCUGGGAAAGUUUGAGAGGUUAUUGAAGAAUAAUGGAAAGCAAUCAUCUGACUAAAAUAUUUAUUUGGAAUAUUCAGUCAUUGAUGUUUGAGCUAACCGAUGUGUGUUAUUUGGGAAAGAAAAAUGAAUUCUCUGAGGUGAUCUGAACAUAUUUGAAAUUAAUUAAAUGUAAUUCACUUGCUGUCUGAUAAAUAUUGACAUCUUUAUUGUGUCUGCUGUCCUAAGUGUCGACACAAGUCUGUUAUCUCAAGUGUUAACUGUAGACACAAGUUUGUUAUCUCAACAUUAACUGGA